GCCACCGGAAGGGGUGGAAGCGCUGCAAGAUGGCGGCGCCCUGCGUGGAGGCGGCGGGGCCGGGCGGUUUCGGGGCUUGGCUGGCGGCCCGGCUCGAGGCGCUGGGGUUGGACCGUGCGGUGUACGGGGCGUACAUCGCGGGGCUGCUGCGGGAGGAGGAGAGCGAGGAGGAGCGGCUGGAGGCGCUGCGCGGGGUGCUGGCGGCCUGCCUGGAAGAAGAUCUCUUAAACGAUGUUUGCAGGGAAGUAGUCGAGAAGUGGUCUGAAUCUCAGAUUGUUGACGCCAAAGAGAAAAAAGAAGAUGAGGUCCAGGCGAUCGCCAGCAUGAUGGAGAAGCAGGCCAGGAUCACCGUGAAGCCAAAGGAGAUUUCUCAGGAGGAGAAGCAGAGGAAGGCGGCCCUCCUGGCCCAGUAUGCCAACGUGACGGAUGAAGAGGAUGGUGAUGAUGAACAGGACAGCUCCACUGCGACAGCAGUAAAUAUUGGAUCAGAAAAAUCGCUGUUCCGAAACACCAACGUGGAGGAUGUCCUGAAUGCCAGAAAGCUGGAGCGGGAGCUGCUGCGAGAUGAGUUCCAGAAGAAGAAGGAGCAAGACAAACUCCAGCGAGAGAAGGACAAGUUAGCCAAGCAGGAGCGGAAGGAGAAGGAGAAAAAAAGGACACAAAAAGGAGAGCGGAAGCGAUAGCUGGGGUUUGCUAGUUGGACCUUAGGGGGAUACAAUCAGUUAUGAAUGUGGUGUGUGUUUAAAAAGCAGCAGAAAUUCUGGGCACGUGGCUGGUGACCGGUUCUUUGGAAGCAUUUCCUUUAUUUUACGUAGCAAAAAAGAAAUUUCAAGCACCUCUUAAACUCAAGUUUUGCCAUGUGCUUGUGGUGUCAAAUGUCCCAGUCAUUCUUGUGGCCAGUGUUGUACCAAAGAACAGUGAAGUGAUAAUGUUUUGUGUUUCAGUUUGAUCAGUUUUACUUCUAACUACUUAAAGCAAAGCAAGAUGUAGGAAAGGGCUUCUGAACGGGCUGUAUCCAUGGACUGCAGCAACAGCAUGUUACAACUUGAGAACAGUGCAAAGCCCCUUUCUGACAUGCAGUUACGGACUUGCUGCUACAGGGUGAAUGUGAAUUUACACUAGCCUUGAAAAAUGUAUUUGCAAAUACAUUUAUUUGUGCUGCCACGAACAACGCUAUGUUUUCAUUCUGGCUGAAAGAGCAGGGUUUGGCUCUGCCCUCAGCAAGGGCAAGUGCUGUUCUGCAGCAAGAGAAAGGAAAUCAUAUGAAAAAUAUAUGAGCUCCAGCUAUGAGACCGCUUUACCCACAGACUCUUGGUAAGGGAAAUGCACAGUGAUUUGAGCGUCAGCUAGAGCAGGAGCAGAUUGGUCAGGCCCUUAUGCUGUUCUGAACUUAAUGCUGGUGGCUGGCAAAUGGUGCUCCGUGAUGUUCUGAGUGGGUGAACAUCCACUUCUACAUCCAUUUCUACAGUAGUUGCCAGAGCAAAUGCUUUAAUGCAGGCUGUGACCAGUUUGGAUGCUCUGGCUUUAUGAGCAGUUGCUCCCAUUUGGCCCAGCCCCACUUAGGAGCUGUGUGGAGGGGCUGAAGGCUUCUCUUACCCCACAAGGGCUCUUUAGCUGCCAUUUCCAGCCUUCUUUGUGGCAGCAUCACCUAAACUCCCCUCUGUGUGUGGAGGAAGGACCAGCGGUGCUUCCAGGGGCACGGGGAAACUGCUGCACCUCAUCCCUGUGCUGCUUCAUGUUCUGGCCACUGCGUUCAUGUGCAAGGCUGGCUUUUGGCAGCAGGCAGCUCCUGGCCUGGUGGUGGUAACUGCCCCUAUUGCCCACUUUCAGCACCAGUCUGAUUCAGGGGUAACGCAUCCUAUUUAACUAUUUUUACAAGUGUGAGUAUCUGCUUUAUCUUUGGACUUGAACAAUAAAGCUGGCUGGCCAAGAAGCCGGGUUCCUCUCUGUGUCUGUGAUGGCAGCGACAGCCACGGGGCCUGUCCUCGGGCUCCAUGCCAUUCCCAUGCCCUCCCUUUCUCUUACCCAGCAGCAGUAUUUCAGAGGGCUGAGCCGGUGCUGUUCCUCUCAUUCACACCUCUUCCCAUGGCCCUGUAGAGCGGUACCAGAGUGGUGCUGCCCCAGGCUUUUGGGACCAGAAACACAAAGCAUAGUGAAGUCCUGCAUAUGAGCACAACCGCAUGAAUCAACAGUAUUGAAGAACGUAAGCUCGCUCCUGGCCCUCAGCCUGUUUCAGCACAGUUAAUGCUUCCUGGCUCACGAUGUCACAGGUCUUCCUUGAAGCCACAGAGCUGUUAGCGAAUGCUAAUAAAUCUUGCUGUUGGUGCAGAGAGCUGAGCGCUGAUGGCAGAUAACUUUCAGGAGUACAGACCCAUGGGUCUCUGGUAGGAAGUGCCUGAUAGCAAAUGUUACUUCACUCUCCUUGUCCUGGCAUUGAGACCAAGGGAGACUCCAGGCACACUCCUAAGAUUUCUACUGCAGGUACUGAAAUCAUUGCAUGAGCUCUCUAUGACAGCACAGAGCUUUUAACUAAGAAGAUACACUUUGGAUUCACUGCACUGAUUCAAUUUUGCCGUAGUCUAAAGUUAGUCAUUUCCUGUAUUAAUAUCAGUAUUCCACUGCUUUGUACCUCAUAUUUCAGUAAGUAAAUGAAAAUGAGCUCUUGUUACUGGAGAAUGCUUUAGGAACUGAAACAUGAAGAAAAACACAAUGAAUUUUCUUCAACGAAAGCUAAUUUAUUUCUUAUCAGACAGACUAAAUUCCAUUUGUUUUUAAACACCAACAUGUCCUAGUUAACAAAUCUUAAUGCAGUGACUUGUGGUAUGAAAUGUGCUUUGUCCUCCUGCCCCCAUAAAUUCACUCUGGCAGUACUUCUGGCCAUACCAGUGAUCAAAGUGGUUACUUUCUCCUCCAUUCUCAUUCAGCGUUUCUCUCAUAAUCCCUAAUGACAAUUUAUGUGGUGUGAUUACACCUCGUAAAAGCAGGAUUUCCACAAGUAGGAAGAACACAGACUGUGUUUCAAAUAUCAGUGCAUCUAGGCAAGGAAAACUGAAUAAACUUAAUCCAGACGU